AUGCCCGUCGCUCCCGCUGCUUUAGAAAAGCUCCUGCUGCGCCGGGAACUAGCGAGCGCCCACCCUCGCGCUGGCGCCGGGCCAACAAUAGCAACACUUCGAUUAAACCGCCCCCCGAACCCCCAAAGAUUUGGACAUCAACAAAAGCAACAACCCCAGUGCCACCCCCCCACCUUUCUCAGCCAACAAAACCGCGCUCUCCCUCACUUGCCCGCUUGCUCCGCGCCGCCGCAGACCCACGACUUUGAGCCCCACGAUGUCAAGCUCCCAACUUGUCGCCUCGAGCGUAGCAUUGCCUCCGUUUCCUCCAUCAGCUCCAUCCUCAGCUCGCAAGACGAAGGUACCACCACCGAGCAGCAACGCGCGCACCCCAAAGCCUCGCAGCCCGACGUACAGGUGGGCGGCCAUGGCCUCCUCUCCUAUCUCUCCGCCGCUGACAUCCGUGCCAAAAUCAACGAAUUCAACGCCACCGCCACCGAUGAACAGCUAGAGCUUCUGGAUGAAGUGGGUGAUGACAAGAGCUUCAAGGGUUAUAUUCGCGUUACCCUCAACCUGACCCGCCCCAUUCGUGUCUCGCGCGGAGACUUGAGCAUCAGCAUCUCACCCGAGAACACGGACACAACGGGCAGCCCCGAAGCCAGUCUACCCUCCCCCGGAAUAGGCCCGUCCCGCUUCUUUCGAACCGGUUCUGGCGGGGGCAGUGGCCCUUACACCCCGUCGAGCGCCGCCUUUGACGCCGAUACCUCCUUCUUCUUGCCCAAAGAGGUUUCCAAGGGUCUGCAUGUCACGAGUGCCACCACCUCGCAAGAAGUCAUUUCAAUCCUGCUCCGCAAGUUCAAGGUCGUCAGCAACCCUCGAAAGUUUGCCCUCUACGAAAUGAACCUUCUCACCGGAGAAAAACGUCGUCUCCGACGAUUCGAAGAACCCUUGGCCCUCAAACUCCUUUGGGGCGGCAAGAACCGCGAUCUCAUCCUCUCGCUCGAAGAGUACAACAAAGACCAACAUUUUCGCUGGGAGGAGUUUACCGACACGGAGCUGCACAACUUUUUGCGGAUCCUUGAAGAGGAAGAGCAGGCUGCCGUCUGCGUCGUGACGGCCAGCUACGAUAAGCGCCGUGCCGAGUUACAACGCCAAAUCAGCAUUGGCUCCUAUCCUAAAAUCGAUUUUAUUCACAGUCAACCAACGAUAGUCAACCUACGACGAGUCAUUUCCAGCAUGGCAUGUCCAAUCCUGCGCCUGCGCCGCAAUCUGAUCACAUCCCCAUGA